CCUCCUGUGAAUCCAGGUGACACUCUGCUUCCUUCGUCUCUGGCUUGUUGUUUGUCCCCCAGCUGCUUGGAGUUUCUGGAAGUUUCCGCUGACCGUUUUAAAUCGUCCUUGGAUCUUUUUUUAAUUGCGUUCGACAGCAUCAUCAUGAGUAGCAAGCUGUGGACGGAAGAGCAGUUCAACUGCCCCGUGUGUCUCGAUCUGCCAAAUGAUCCGGUCACCAUCCCCUGUGGGCACAGCUACUGCAUGGCCUGCAUCCAGGACUUCUGGACUAAGGAUGACCCCAAAGGGAUCUACAGCUGCCCCCAGUGCCGCCAGACCUUCUGUCCCAAGCCCUCGCUGUCUAGAAACACCAUGCUGGCUGAAGCUGUGGAGCAGCUCCGCAAAGGAUCCCACAAAUCAGAAGUGCGAGACUCUAUCCGGAGUGCCCGUGGGGGGGUCUCGAGAUACAAAGACGCACUGCCUACCUCAGUGGUGCUGUGCGACAUGUGCAAAGGGGAGCAACGUGCCGCCUUAAAGAGCUGCCUUGUGUGUAUGAGCUCCUUCUGUGACGUCCAUCUGAAGCCGCACCAGACCAAGAAGUCCCUCAAAGCCCACGAGCUUAUCCCACCCACGAGCAACCUAGCUGAGAAGAUCUGCACCCAGCACAAGUACCUGCAGGAGUUCUUCUGUCGUCAGUGCAAGAUGUACGUCUGUUGGCUCUGCACAAGCAACCAGCAUAAAGACCAUGGGUGCGUGUCCACCAAGGCUGAGCGACUAGAGAGACAGAAGGUGCUGUCUGACAUCCAGGGAGAUAAUCAACAGAAGCUAAAGACCCGAGAGCAGGAGCUGAAGGACAUGAAGAAGAUGAUGGACGGGGUGAAGAUGGAUCAAGGCUACACCUCAGAGGGUGAUCGGAGAAAGCGUCAGGUGAUCGGGAGGGACGCAGGUGAGCUGGUUGGGAACGAGGAGCAGCUGGAAGGAGGAGAUGAAGCAGAGGAGACUGAGGAUCUCAGCCACGGUGACACCUUCAAGAUGAGCACGGCUCAGUCGGUUUCUCUGUUUUUGCGUCCGGCCCUGUAA